AUGGGUGCGUUGGAGUACUGGCUGAAAAUCAGGGACUUUUACCUAUCUCCAAUAGUCCGUUUUGUCUACCACACUAUCUCCUACGCUCUCUUCCUCGUUUUCUUCAGCUACUUGAUUCUGGUGGAUUUCCAUGUUCACAUGUCCGUCGUGGAGUACAUUGUGCUCGCCUGGGUCAUCACACUUUUCAUCGAGGAAAUCAAACAG